ACUCGCACCUGCCUGGUUUCCCCAUAAUGCAAUAUGCAAGAUGGGACUGCUCCGCAAGGACAUCACUUCUAACAGCUUUCAACAUCAGCUGUAGAAAAAAAAAGGAUCUUGCAAGGACAGAGUCCUGGUGGUCAGCCUCGAAGCAUAGGUCUAAUAUCAGUAGACAAUAUCUCCAUCAGCAUUGCCAGGAAUCGCCCUAAAGCAUCAUGGGAAGCUCGUCCUCCAAAUUCCGCAAACAUCUCCAGAAUGGCGACGAGUAUGCAGCGCUGCAGCUGUAUGAAAGCAAUGCAGAUCUGCGAAAGGCGCUGGACCCGAACAUGUCAUACGGGGAGACGUACCAGCAUCAGACUCCUUUACACUUUGCAGCACAGUAUGCUAUGAAGUCCUUACUCAGGAUAUUCCUACAUGACCUACAAGGCAAUCCUAACAAAAAGAAUGGUAAGAACCAGUCAGCCCUCCAUUUGGUUUGCACCAUCAACCCUGGCAACCCCAAUCAGACUCGGCCUAUGGCGCGGCAGAGACGCGUGGACUGUAUUGCCAUGUUGCUGCAGUGGCGAGGGGCAGAUCUCAAAGAUGGACAAAUGGAGAAGGUGGAGCUGGGGGCACAGGAUGAGGACAAAAACACUGGUCUCCACUAUGCUGCCAGCUCUGGUCUCAAGAGAUGUGUGGAGUUUUUGGUCAACAAUGGUGCACCCCUGUUUAUAGAGAAUGUGGAUAAUGAGACGCCCUGUGACUGUGCUGAGAGGGCAGGCUUCUCUGAUAUAGCCCUCUACCUGGAGUCCAAGAUGGUUUUCUCUAAUGACAUGGCCGUGGAUGAAAAUGAGGAUGCUGCCAUUGUUUCUAUUGACCUACAGGAGGAAUACAGUGGUCUUAAAGCUCAAGACUUGCAGGAGGCCAAGGAUCAACUGCUGGUGGAAACAUCAGAUAUGUUGAGGGUGCCACUGUUCACUGCUGAGGCCCUGCUCAGAAACCAUGAAUGGUCCAGAGAAAUGCUCCUGGAAGCCUGGAUGAGGGAUGCUAUAGUCUGCUGUGAGAAGAGCGGGGUGAAUCCACCAUCCAGUGUGUUUGAGGAUCUGAUGGCUCAGUCCUCUGAGGACUCAGACACUCUCAGAAGUGUCACGCCACGUCACCACGGACAAUCUGACAUACUCUGUGAUAUAUGUGCAAACUACAUUCCAAGUGAUGAGACGGCAGUUCCCAUGUCAUGUGAACACAGGUUUUGUCGAGCAUGCUGGGAAGGCUAUUUAAAUGUGAAAAUCCAAGAGGGUGAGGCCCAUAACAUUACCUGCCCUGCUUAUGACUGUAUCAAACUUGUACCUGUAGAACUCAUUGAGGAGAUUGUCUCAAGAGAUAUGGCCAGGAGAUAUCUGCAGUUUGACAUACAGGCGUUUGUUGACAGCAACCCCAAUAUCAAGUGGUGUCCGUCUCCUGGCUGUAUCCGAGCAGUAAAACUACCAGAUAUGGAUGGCGCUAGUGGUGUCAUGUCACCAGUUCAGCCGUCUAUCGCCAGUAAACUUCCUGGGGACACCUCCAGAUCUGUGGAUUGUGGGAGUGGCCAUUAUUUUUGUUGGGACUGUCUUGGUGAAGCUCAUGCUCCUGCCAGCUGUGAAAACUGGAGUAAAUGGUUUCAAAAAAUUUCAGAGAUCUGCCCAGAAGCAUUAUGUGACACGAGUGGAGCAGUGGAGACAUCAGCCAAUAUACUGUGGUUGGUGACCAAUGCCAAGCCUUGUCCCAACUGCAAGUCUCCUAUACAGAAAAACGAGGGGUGCAAUCAUAUGAAAUGUUCAAAGUGCAAACACGACUUCUGCUGGGUGUGUCUGGAGCAGUGGAAGAAACACAGUUCUGCUACUGGGGGGUACUUUAGGUGCAAUAGAUAUGAUGUGUCAAAGAAAGUUGAUGAACAGACAGAAGUGCAAAAGACAGAGGCUGAGCAGAAGCACAUGGCUAACAAAGAAAUGCACAAGUUUGUCCACUAUUACACUAGGUUUAAAAACCAUGACAAUAGUUUCAAGCUGGAGGAACCAUUGCUUACCACUGCCAAAGAAAAGAUGCUGAUACUUGCCAAUGCAGUCAGCGAUCCAGCAACUGCAGAUAUUGAGACCAAGUUUAUAGAAGAUGCAGUCCACCAAUUGCUCAAGGCACGGCGCGUCCUGAAGUGUUCUUAUGUCUAUGGUUAUUACAUAGAAGAAGUAGGAAUUAGAAAACCCAUCUUUGAAUUCAUGCAGACGGAGCUGGAAGAGGCAACAGAGAACUUAUCUCAGAUGAUCAAUCGCCCAUACUUACGUACACCACGGAACAAGAUUAUAGGUCAGGCUCAGCUGGUCACACGGAAACGCCAUGACUUGAUAGGCGCCAUUGCACGAGGCUUGGUGCCCGUUGAUCUGUCUCCUGGGAAUUCUAGGAAAAAAUACAGUUUUGAUGUAGAUGAGGACACCAAGAAAGCCCUGCUAGACUCCAUUCAAGACAUGGAGCUGCCCAACCCCUGGGUUAUGGACAGUUCAGGGCGCCACACCAAUGUCUCUGCACUCUUUGACUGGCCUGACUCCAGCCCUGAGGAGUCCGAGGAUGAGCAGGAGGAAGAGCAGGGGGAGGGGAAAGCUGGGCAAACUCCUUCAGUCACUAGUGAUGUUUGUCGGCGAACAGACUGCAGCAAACCAAGGGCCAGGAAUAAAAGAACAGGAGGAAUGCAUGAGUACUGUAGUCUGCGCUGUCUUAGGAAGGACAGAGUGGGGAAAGAAGGAGUGUCCAGUCCUCGUCCAUCGGAGUUAGUUGCAGACUAUCAGCUUGACCUCCUCCGUGCCUUAGAGAUGUCUCGGCUUCAGCUGCUUCGAGAUGUCGCCUCCCUGGGACCAUCAGCUGAUGCAGCAAGUUCAAGCAAUCGAUUGAAUAUGGAGAUUCCAUUGCCUGAACCUCUUCCACCACGGCCAGAGGAAACUGCACCAAAGAGCCCCGUGUCCAAGGUGUCCACUAGUCCAUUGUCCAGUAGUCCGAGCAGGACAGGACGGUCAAUCAACUCCCCUAGGCUGCCUAGAGUAGUUCGACGGGGGACAGCCAAUAGGAGUGAGCGACAGCCUCCCGCUGCUGCCACCGAUGUGGAAGAUUUUGAUCCAGAGUUGCAACGUGCAAUUGAACUGUCUCGAAUUACUGCAGAAGAGGAGGACACAGAACUGAAAAUGGCAAUACAGCUGUCUUUACAAGACUCUGCCCCAAACUCCCCCUUGGAGGCCAGCAUCCCCAUCACUUGUGUGGACGUCCAUGCCACGGACACUCCAGUCACCCCUGUCCACAGCAUGCAUGUGCCGACGCUAAGUGGUACAGAAGCUCAGUUGAUUUUAGCACCUCUUACAGAGCCUUCAUUGUGUGUGGAUGAGGAAGGAGAUAUGGAGUUAGAGAAAAGUGUGUUAGGAAGUAAAUUGCCAGGUGUUUCCGUUUAUAGCCUUCAGGAGAGCAAUCAAGAACCACAGGACACUAAGAGCCUAGAAAUACCCGAGUAUACUGCUACUGCCACCAGAAAUGCACAAUCAAACAUUUCAAUGGACCCCAGUGAUGGUAGUGACCCAGUUGACCAGAUAUCUGGAGAUAGGGACCACAAUGACAAUAACAACCAGUCAGUAUUGACCCCGAGAGAUGACCACUCCAGUAGCUCUGAGAAAUCACAGGAGGAAGAGGAGCUGGAUACUCAUGUGAAAAUGUUACUGGCCUACAGUGACUCUAUAGUGACCAGUAGUGCACUGACCACUUCAAAGGAUGACAGUGACUCUACUGCGGCCUGUUUGGAAAGUCCACUGGACACUAGACAGCAUGAAGAAGGAAUGGGUGGAGCCAGACCAAAGCACAAACCACAUCAGGCUCCUCGACAUCACAAAGAAGGUCAAGGUCAUGCACAAGGUCAAGGUCAUCCCAGGGAAUCAGAAGAAGACCCUCAGUGCUCUGGGACGUGUCAUGGUGCCUAUGGAAACAGUUUUGGUCUGAUCAAGAACAUUUCUGUGAAUAAUAUUUUGGCUAUGGAUGUGAACAAAACUAAAGAGUUCGAAAAGAAAGAUUUCAGUCACCUUUACUCCUAUGUGAAAACUCCCACGGAAGACCUUCCAAGUGCCAUUCAUGGGGAGGUUGCUGCUGCAUCAGUUCCUUUACAGUUCAAUAUUGAUGUGUGUGGGGCCCAGAGCAUUGGGGCAGGGCCUCCAGUGGUCGACCCAGCAGUUACCACCCUCGAUGAGUGGACAGAAUAUCUGACCUCCUCUGCCGUGUCCACCAGCCCCACUGUCCACUGCAUCAGUACUUACACUGACCAGGUGCCCAUGGCAACCACAGAUAACAUGGACAAGUGGUCCGUUUCUUCUUCGUCUACAAAGGAGAUGGAAUCGGAAACAUCACCACUUCUUCUUAACAAUGAGAGUAAUCUGCCCUCAGGGUCCUCAUCCUCAGGAAAGGUUGUGAUUCACGGACAGAAUGAUCUGAACAGGGGACCAUCUUCUGGGAGUGGUGAGAGGGAGACCUCCCUGUGGGCCAGGCAUUCAGCUAAUCAGAUCACUCUUACAGAUUUAACCCAGGAUGAUGAAGACGAUAUGGUAUAUGUAUGAGAUAGCUCUGUGGCUCCCAAAUGUUUGUAUCCUAAGUGCGAGCAUUUGUAACUCCCUUUUAUCUCCAGAUUGCACAUUUAUGUGAAAAAUGUGACUGACAAGACAGUUACAAGAAUGUAUGUUAAUUACUAAUAUUUGAGAAAAGGUUACAAAUUUUUUGCAUACUCCAGCUGCAAAUGCUCUAUAUUAGAUCAACAGCAGUGCCUUUGAGUCAGAGUUAUUGAUUCAAUAUCUUUAGAUAUAAAACUGACCAGAUAAAACUCUUACCUUUGGGUAUUGGGUUUUCAUCACUGUAUAAAAAUAUCUAAAAUGAUGUGAAAGUUAGUUUACAAUUUAUGAAAUCCUAAAUAGGCAAGGUUCAAAGUCAUUGUAUCAUCAGUGUCUUGAUUCUAAAGGUCACCUGUAAAUUGGACCAAUGACAUCUGAAGGUAGGGAAAAGUUAGAGUUGGUGACCAUGUAAAGUAAUUAACAUCUUAUGCUCAGUGACCUUGGAAGGGGGAUUCUCAAUUUACAUGAUAUUUAUUCCCAGUGAAAUUCUUAAUUAAAUCAUGAACAUUUGCUUCAGCACCUCAUUCUGUUGUGAUCCUUUAAAUUAUGAAUAAUUUACCAAAGUUUUGCACAAAUAUUCAAGGUUUGAUAUGAAACCCAGUGAUGGACUUCUGAUCAGUCAAGUCAUAUUAAUCCCAUAUAUGUAUCUGUAAAUGGGUGUGAUAGUUGAUAAUUGAAAUGAAUAGUACAUGUAAGUAUUGAAUGGGCAUGUUUCUUUCUUUUGGAAUAUAUGUAAUACAUCGUGAUGUAGCUGUAAUUUACAAACAUGAUUUUUUCAACCUUGGUGUGAAGCUUUGUUGUGUAAUCCAGAUGCUUAGUUACAGUUUUUUUAAGCAGUUUUUUUUCUGCAAUUAUUUUCAGAUUUUGAAGGAUUCUAAUCGGUGAAUUAAAUUAUUUAUUUAUUUAUUUUGCAAAGCUGGCCUUUGUUUCAGGAAACUGAUAUUUUGAAAGAGGCAACACAUUUAGAAAAGGAUUUUGUAGCAGUUCAAGUAAUACUUUUUCUUUCUGCAAUGGGUAUAUCUCCAAUUGUGAUUUCAACAAGUAACCUAAUAUUAUUUUAUUCUAAUAUUGCUUGAAUCCAUAAAGUGGCACAAUUGGCUGCAAUGAUUGUAGGGUCUAAUUUACAUGUAUCUUUGUGCCUUAAAUGUAGUUUUUGUUGUGUUCAGAAUAUGGUAAUACUGCUCUUUGUUUGGCAUUGUUUUUUUUUUUUUUUUUUUUUUCGUUGAAAGAUGAAUACUUCACACUGUUUCUUCAGAUUGCAGCCUUUUGCUUACUUAGUGGCACCUGCAAAUAAUAGUCUUGGGAAUUGUGAGUUUUUUUCUUUCAAAUGUUUGUGAUAUCAGUAUUAGGUGCAUCUCUUUGUGAAGUGCAGGACAUAUUUUGCUUAAUUGAUGUCAAGCCCCAUAAACUUUAGUUCAGAUUAUUUAGCCAUAUACUAGUAUGUGUAAAAAAAAACUGAAUUUAAAUUUUGUUUGUUUGUCAGUGUAUCUGCAUCAGUUGAAUAUGAAUUCCUAUAAGUAAUACAUCUAUGACAUUUCAUAUUUUCUUCAAAAGUAAUAUAUGCCAAUUUUAAGUUCAGCUCUCUAAGUGAGAAACCAGUCUUAACUCCUUGACUCAAUUCUCACCAGAUGGAAUUCUUAUUUCUCAAAAUAGAUAAUAGUUGUUUAUAAAUGAAGGUGUUGGCACUUGAGGCUUGUUGGCAAAAGUGACAUGGAAAAAAUAAUUCUCUAUGAAACUAAGUCUUUGUCUGAAAACCAAACCAGUGAAUUGAAACUAAACUUCUCAUGUUUUAUACAAAUUUGAUAUUUAAUCAGAAAGUUUAUGUUGUGAUUUGUAUAAAGAAAUCAAUACUCCAGAACUGUGUGUAAGUGUCAAAGAAAGUGGAUACUUAUUUUAAUAAAGUAUGAAGAAAGAUCAUUAAAGCUUUUUAAAUAUAUGAUAUAUUUAUUAAUCACCAAUUUUUGUUCUUAGGAUAACAUUGUCUUUAAAUGUUUUCUUGACUACAGCCAAUACUUGGAAUUUUACAUUUAUUUUGAAUUUUUUGACAAUGGGCGAACCCCCCUCCCCCUCCUUGCUUGUUUACCGCUAGUCUAUUAGUGAAAAAGUUUGCAUCAGCUUUGGCUAAAUCUCUUAGUUCUAAUGCAGUCUGCUAGAAAAAACAAUUAUAAGGCAGUGAAAUUGUCUUUGGUAGCCCUCUGCAGCAGAAAGCUAUAUACUGUUUUCAAAUGAAUAAGUGUUAAAUAUUUUAAAAUGCACAGUUAAGCUUAAGCCAAGAGGGUUAUUUUAUCAACAUUUCCCAUUGCAGCUAUGUUAAAGCAUAUGGCAUGUCUGAUUUGAAAUAAGUUGGAACAAAGCUUCUGCUAUUAAUGCGUACGCGGUGUAACAAAUUGUGCUGUUCGAUUUUUGUAUCAUAGCUUGUAAGGUUUUCUUAAUAUAUACAUUGUAUGUACUCCAUUAUAUGUAUAAUAUAUAUAAAUUUAGAUGAUAUGUUUACAAAGAGUGAAGAACGUAAUACCGGCCUUUGUGGUCAGUUUUAUUUAGGAUUAAUUGAUUUUUGUAAUAAUGAUAUAUAUAUUACUUGAAAAUAACGGCGAUGUUUACUAUUCUGUGCAUGCGUACUGCAAACUACCUAUAGGUGGUUUGUUGUG